AUGGACGACGCAAUAGAAUUGUUGGAAAGCCGCCCGUUGGUGGGCUUUCAAAUGGAUGGAUCGCACCUCCACAGCAUCCUGAAGAAGGUCAUCCAAGAGCAGCAGCAGCAGGCGCAGUUCCAGCGCCAAAUGGGUCUUCGCCUCUCCGAUUUGGAGGAGGAGUUGCGCAGCAUGAAUAUGCGUCAGAAGGAACUUGAAAAGGCUCUUGGGAGUGCGAACCCCGACACGCUUCGAAAGAUGCGUCAGGAGCUUGAGUACUUGGAUGAGGGUUUAGGGAAUCUGGCGCGUGACGUCAAGGAAACCCGGAGUUUGGGUGAAAAAGCGACACGGGCGGCUGAGGAUGCGGGUCGUGGGGUUCAAAGUAUGGGUCGGGAGCUGGGGGCCAUGCGGGGGCGGCAAGACCAAUUUCAGCAGAAUCUGGACGAGCUGGCCCAGGAAAACAGGCAGCUGGGCGACGCCGUCAACGCGGUCGAGCGUGAGCUGUCGCAGCAGGCACAAAAUCUAAUCCAUGAUCUUGAGCAGAUCAACAGCCGUGAAAACGUGCAAAAGCUUCGUGACAUGUUAGAUGAGCUCUGUGAACGCACUGACAAGAACUUCCGCAGCGUGGAGGAGAGUGCCCGUGCCGUGGACGCGGAGCUCAUCCGCCACCGGUCGGAUAUUAAUGGUCUUCAAGCUGACGUUGGAUCUCUUGAUGACCAGGUGCGACAGCAUUUCUCAAACAUCACUAAGGACGUUGACGCAAGGUGCCAGAUGAUUCUUGACACACUACGCGAGCAAGAGAGGAGCUCGUUGGAGAUUGAAGAACACAUGGUGGCCGCAGGACAGGCGCUGGCACGCAGAAAAGCGCUCAAGGAAUCACACAGCGCGUCCGGAGCACGCGCGCACGACUCCUUUGGAACACGAAGAAAUGGAUGGUAG